UCAUGGAACACCAUUGCUCAGUAGGCGCUUACCAUUCGAAGCGCAAAUAUAUCCACCAACAGCACAGCUCAUGAGCUAAGAUAAUUUGGUUUACAGGUGUGAUCGGUGAUCGUUCAUCAUAUCCAGCGCAUAUUAACGGAAGAUAUUUCGGCGGGUGGUUUUUGGGCCCAUUCGAUCGGCGAAUCUCUUACGGAACGGUCACGUGCGGGAAUUGGUCCCGGGAUAAAGUGAGGGUAUCCAAGAAAAAAUACCGAUAACCAAGUGCUCCAAACAAAAAAGGUUCUCAUUUGGGAAGUGAUCGACAAAGUGUUAGGAUAUGAUCAAUUAGUUUACCCAGAAGAUUAAUCCAAUUGUGGAUUUUGUGGCUCCUCGGAAACAUUACAGCAUCACGAUGACGACCGAUCUCUUCAACAGUUUGCAGUUUAUCGGAGGCAACGCGGGAGCAAAGAUGGGCAAGGGAAAAGCCAUCAUCAACGAUCUGAACAAUAAUGAGACGAUCAUGCACGACGAUCGGAACAUUAGUGAGCAGGAUGUCAACGCGUACUUGCAGCACUACAACAAGUGGACCCAGAGUGCGCUGGGACAUCGGCUGACCGCAAUUCUGAAGGAUUGGUUCGGGUACGAGUUUGAUGCAGAGAUCAAGUGGAACAACGUUUUUAUGAUUGGGAUUUUCCACGUGUUCGGCAUUUAUGGCUUUCUGGCAUACUCGUGGCGAGCAUCCUUGGUGGCGUGGGCUUGGGGUCUCUUCGUUGGGGGAUGUGCCGGAUUCGGCGUAACGGCUGGCGUCCAUCGGCUUUGGUGCCAUCGGGCGUACAAGGCCAAACUUCCACUGCGAAUCAUCCUGAUGUGUUGCUACUCGAUCGCCGGCCAGAACACCAUCUACGAUUGGGUUCGGGAUCAUCGAAUCCAUCACAAGUACUCGGAAACGGACGGCGAUCCACAUAACUCCAACCGUGGCUUCCUGUAUGCCCACGUGGGCUGGCUCAUGCUGCGGAAGCACCCGGAAUGCAUCAAGAAAGGCCGACUGAUCGACAUGACUGACAUCACGAGCGACCCUGUCGUCCAAUUCCACCAUCGCAACUUUGUCUUGAUGAAGAUUUUGUUCUGCUUUUUCCUGCCGACGUUCAUUCCGUGGUACUUCUUUGGCGAAACUUUCAAGAUGGCCUUCCUGAGUCAGUGCUUCGUACGAUACGUUUUGAGUUUGAACUUCACCUGGUUGGUCAACAGUGCAGCCCACAUCUACGGUCAUCGGCCCUACGAUAAACGAAUCCAGCCAGUGGAAAAUAAGGCAGUUUCAAUCGUCGCUAUGGGCGAAGGUUGGCACAACUACCAUCACGUGUUCCCAUGGGAUUACAAAGCGGCCGAGCUGGGCAACUAUUCGGUCAAUGUGACCACGUUCUGGUUGGAUCUGUUUGCCAAGAUCGGAUGGGCUUACGAUCUGAAGGAACCAUCCGCGGAACUGGUGCGAAGGACAAUCGCAAAAUACGGUGACGGAACUCAUCUGAACGUUCCAAUCAAGGAGCUCGCCGAAGUUCCACCCCCCUCGGAUGAGUCGGAUCGUGGAUCGAAGUCGUUGUGAUUGGCCCCCCAAUCGGUUCCAAGACGGAAAGAGAGAGCACGAGAGAGGUCGUAAGCAAACUGUACCGUGAAUGUGAUCAUAUUUCAUUUAGAAACGAGGCCUAUGGCCAUCACUUUGUAUUACUACUAUGUACUUACUGGGGGGUUCUGUCCGUUUAAAGGGUAGAAUAAGAGCAAAAACCACAAGAACUUUGUACCAUAGAUUUGUCAACUGCAGCCAAUGUAAACUACUUACAUGUAUUUUGGGAAGGCAUUGGCUUUGGCAGAUUUGAAUAAUAUUCGAUUAAUACUGACUUUUAAACAAAAUAAAUCAAAAUUUUAAUGAAA